AUGGAAAGGCCGUCCGGUCGCCCGCAGUCGGAUGCUGGUGGACAGGGCGGCGAGCACCUCCUUCAGCCGCAGUCCAAUAGCCAUCCCAACAUCGUCCCGGUGUCGAACCCUCCUAGCCUCUCUGGUUCGUCGUUACAGAUUCCACGAGGCCCGCCGCGCAGCGCCAUAACCACCGGAAAGAAGCAUAUGUCUAAGGUCGCUAUACCCCGCCAAAGGUCCGGUACUGCCCCUCGCUAUAGUCGCCGCGUACCACUAGCACAAAUUUCUCAGCUCUCGGCUAAGUCGAAUGACUAUGAGAACCUGCUCCGUGAGAUGAGCCAAUUUGUGGACGGCCGAAUGUCGGAGCGGAUCAAGAACACCCUCGAUAAAUACUCGGAUUCUGGAACCGAACGUUUCAAUGACCAGCAGUCGACUAAUUCUGCGCCGGCGUCUGGUGUCGAGGAAGAGCUGGAUCCGGAGAUGGAAAGCUUACCCUCCUCUAUUGGUUCGUUAGAGGCUAUUGACCGUGUGGAUGAGGAUCUUAACCGCAGCUCGAAUGCACGGGCUACGGGAUAUAUGGGAAAGAAUUCAGAGGUCACCUGGCUGCAACGAUUGGGGCGAGAGGCUGGUCACCGCGCGCGCAACUUAUCAGGGAUGGCUGACUCGAGGCCGGACCGCGAGCUGUCCAUUCAUUCCGUAAACUACCAUCUGGACGACGUGGACAUUACCCCCCCGGGACCUGUUCAUUUAUAUUGGAUGCCACCGCGGAACAUUGCUGAUAAGCUGUUUGAGGAUUAUCUAGAUACUAUUCAUCCUGUGUUUCCGAUCAUCAGCCGUCCACUUUUCUCAGCGCAGUACAGAAAUUUCUUCGAUAACUCUGCACGACCGGGCGACAAGUGGUUGGCUAUUUUGAAUCUGAUCUUCGCCAUAUCCUCCUGUCAUGCUCACCUCAUGCAGGCGUCGUGGCGCGGGGAUGACCGUGAUCACUUCGUCUACCUGGCGCGGGCGCGGGCUCUCAGUAUGAAUAGCGACACGCUUUUUACUCAUCCUGAUCUUCAGCAAGUGCAGGUGGAGGCACUAACGGCUUUCUAUCUUCUCGCAACUAGUCAGAUUAACCGAGCGUGGAGAAUUGCAUCGUUAGCUCUUCGCUCCGGCAUAUCUCUUGGGUUGAACUUAAGAAACACCAGCGAAAUUACUCCGGACAUAUCCAAGGAAGCUCGAUAUAGGGUUUGGUGGUGUCUUUUUACCUUUGAACAUAUUCUUGGGACAAUGACCGGACGCAUGACGGGUAUCUCGGACGGCAUCUGCACAACGCCAAUGCCCCUUCCUGUGGACGAGGAUCGGUUUCACGACCCAGCUGUAGUAGAGCUGCUCAGUAAUCUAGAACUUCGACAAGAGCGUAUUGAAGCGGCUCUCGCAAGCUGUUGCGUUCGACAAAUGCCACAGAAUCCACGGCGCCGUCGGGAGACGAAUGAUGCAGGCAAAAGUGCUGACGUUGCGCGGCUGAAAAGCUUACCCCCUAGCACUGCUCUCUUCUUCCUUUGCUACGUCGAUCUCGCGGUUAUUAGCCAGGAGAUUGUGAACCGUGUUUAUUCUCUGGAUUGCAUCAUGACACCUUGGGGUGAAAUUGAGAACCGCAUCAGUGAGCUUCGCUCACGCGUCGAGUGUUGGCACUCGAACCUUCCUGAAGCCUAUGAUUGGGGUCGGAGCGACGAGCAAAACCCAGUGUUGCUCAGGGCCAGUCUUUGUCUCGCAUUCUAUUAUUACAGUGUGCGCAUCACACUAGGGCGACCCUGCUUGUGUCGUCGCGAUGUUCGCCCAACGAACUCCCCGGGUCAAAAGAAACCCUUUAGCCACGAGAUAUCAAUAUCAGUGCUCGAGUCUGCGCGGCAGCUAAUAUCCUUGAUCCCUGACGUUCCUGAUGCCUCGCGAAUCUAUCAACUCUGUCCCUGGUGGUGCAUUCUACACUACCUUAUGCAGGCCACCACUGUCUUGCUUCUCGAGAUUUCCUUCGGCAGCAUUCACGUGCCCGAAGAGGAGAAGAACAUUAUUAAGGCAGCUAAGAAGGGAAUUCGCUGGCUCUACGCCAUGUCUGAGUCCAGUCUUGCAUCAAGGCGCGCCUGGGAGCUCUGCGACAGGAACCUCCGCCAGCUCGCCGCCGCCGCCGGCUCGAACAUCGACCUAAGCGAUAUGCCUGUUGGGGACUAUCAGUUCGAUACCAACGGUAUCCAGCCUAACCAUUCUCAACAACCUCAAGCCAACCCUCGUCCUCCUAUCACGACCACCGUAACUCAACUACCGACUCUUGCAUCGACACCGACCUUCCAGUAUAUCUCCCCCUUGAGCAACAACCCGCAAGAACAGAACCCACUCUCUCAAUGUCAAACAACAUCAUCAGCUCUCCAACAACCUCCAAUUGCUCCUCUUCUGCCAUCUACACAUCCCGAUGAUCCGCUUUCCUAUCCUUUUGACGCCACUACUUCCGCUGGAGCUUCCAACGAUGUCUACUUCCCCUAUGACCCCAUAACUGGCGAGUUCAUUCGAUCGUUCUUCCCGAACUCGAAUGAAGAGGAGCCUUGGGAGGGAUGA